GUGAAAAAGAAGAAUGCGGCACAAAACCCUGAAGUAAGAAGGAGAAGUGCGAUUUUUGUAGCAGGUGAAGGCGCGAACAAAGAAUUGAGAGUUUCCACAAUGGAGAAGGCUAUGGCGACCUUUCACAAAGGCACCCUCUGUUCAGCUUGGAACUACUCCUCCACCAGAUUAGCCACCGCUUCUUCCGACGGAACCCUCGUCAUCUUUGAUUCUCCCCACCCUUCUUCUUCCUCCACCUCCUUUACUCCCACCUCAAACUUCAAGGCGCACGAGGUUGCAAUUACCAAGAUUGUUUGGGUACCUCCGGAGUAUGGUGAUUCUGUUGCGUGCAUAUGUUCAGAUGGAACUUCAUCAUUGUGGGAGGAGGUUGUUGAAGAUGCCCAGCCCCUACAGUGGAAGCUAUGCAAACUCUUCAAAAGUAAUUCAUCUCAAAUCCUAGACUUGCAAUUUGGAAAUUCCUCCUCUGGUCUGAAAAUGAUUGCUGCAUUUUCAGAUGGUUAUAUAAAAGUUUAUGAGCUUAUGGAUCCUUUGAAUUUGAAGAACUGGCAACUUCAGGCUGAAUUUCAGAAUGUUAUUGAUUCCAUUUCUACAGUCAGGAAAUCUUCUUGUUCAUCUGCAAGUAUAUCAUGGAAUCCUCAUCGAGGGGAGCAGCAAUCAAGCUUUGUUAUUGCUUUUAGUUCCAAUACACCGCAGCUUAAUUCGGCCAAGGUUUGGGAAUUUGAUCAGGCUCAUCACAGAUGGCUUCCUGUGGCAGAGUUGGCUUUGACUGCUGAGAAAGGUGAUGAGGUUUAUGCUGUCGCGUGGGCACAAAAUAUUGGAAGGCCAUAUGAGGUAAUAGCUGUUGCAACCCAGAGAGGAAUUGCAAUAUGGCAUCUUGGAUUAAGCCCCGACAUGGAUGGAAGGCUCUCAAGAGAAAGAGUUGCUCUGCUUUCUGGGCAUAAUGGCGAGGUGUGGGAGAUGGAGUGGGACAUGGGUGGUAUGACAUUAGCAUCAACAGGAAAGGACGGGAUGGUACGGUUGUGGCAAUCCAACCUCAAUGGUGUUUGGCACCAACAUGCUGCAUUUGAGCCGACUUCUUAAAAUUGAGAAUGUUUUGUUUCUUUUUGAUGUAACCACUUCCUGUAUUCAAUUUAAGGAAGAACUUCGAAAUAAUAUUAUUUGUCUUGUUGAGUGGGGGGCUAAUGUCAGGGAUACCUUAUUGGAGACCCUUGGGGAAAAUCAACUGUCAUUGAUGCUUUUAUUUCUCCAAAUUGCUUUUGCUGAGUUGAGACUUGUGUUGCUAAAGUAUGUAUUUCACGCUGACAAGAAGAAAGAAUAAAACUGCACUUGAAUUAGAGUUUGAGAAUCCGAA